AUGUUGAACGAGCCAACUGGCAAUACAAAAUUAUGCUCCACAAAUCAAAUCAGUAAUAUUACCGGUCCACCAGAAUAUCGAAAGUGGCGUAGAACAAACGGUCUACAAUUACCAUUAAAUCCACAACAAGUAAUUGGUUGGUUGGCACUUGGAUUUUCAGCAGCCACAUCAUUUUUUGUAUUAAUACCAACAAUCAAAACUCCAUUACAAACAAUCUUGCUAGCAAUUUUUUCAAUAUUGUAUUUAUUUCAUAUUGUAACGCAUAUAAUUGCCUUAACAUUAGAUCCAGCUGAUCCUGCACUCAGAAAAUUAAAACAAAAGAAACCGAUACCAGAAUUUGAUCGAACAAAACACACACAUGUAAUUGAAAAUGGAAGAUGUCAUUUAUGCAAUAUACAGACAUCAACUCCACGGACGAAACAUUGUAGUGUUUGUAAUAAAUGUGUUGGACAUUUUGACCAUCACUGUAAAUGGUUAAAUCAUUGUAUUGGAAGAAGGAAUUAUGUUCCAUUUUUAAUGUGUGUUACAACUGCGGUUAUCACCGCAAUUGCGGUACUGAUUGUAUGUUUAAGUGAAAUAGUUUUAUAUUAUGUGAAUCCAGAAUGGUUGACAUUGAAUUGGUCAAAUAAUGCAACGCAACCAAAUCAAAAUGCUUCAGCCACAAGUGGUAAACCAUUUGCCACAAGUGAUAUUGCAUUUUUAGUCAUCGUUGGUGCUUUAGGUGUAUUAGCUGCAAUUACUGCUGGUCUUUUAUUACAUUUAUGUUUUUUCCAUGUAUAUAUUUCAUUUUUGGGCUUAACCACUUACGAAUAUAUACGAACAUACCGUCCAAAUUUAAUGUCAACAGCUCCACCUAAUAACACAACCCAACAAGUACCAUCUUCAACAAACUCAACAACAAAUAUUCCUUCCAGUAAUAAUCAAAUUCCAUUCCAUAAUUUAAACCCAUCCACGUUACGACAAAGACCGUCUAGUUUACAUUGCUGUGAUAGACAAAACGUUAACGACUCACAACUAAAUAAUACGACAAACAAUAUGGCAUCAAACUUUUAUAAUAAUGAUUGUAAAUGUUGUGGUAUUGUAUUAGCUGCAAAUUAUAGUAGUUCCGAAAGUGAUAUUGUGUCCACAGAGAAAAGUCCAUCGAAAAAACAUCGGACAACCACAAAUAAAUGGAAUUGUUGUUCAUCUGUACCAGACAGUCCUGACGAUCCAGUAUUAAGUCCACAUUCAAAGGAGUGUGCCUUUGGUUUAUGUAAAAUACGAUCAAAAUCUAAAGUGAACACAUUAGAAACUGUAUCAAUUCAUACUGAAAACACAUCAUCAUCAGCAAAUAUGGCUACAUCGUUAGAACGAAAUCGCACAAAUUCAACAAGUCGACCAAAUCGUGCUGCAAUACGCAUUAGAUUAUUAUUUCGUGUUAUAAGUAAUCUUCGCUCGAGACACCGUCGAAACACUUCUUCAAAUACAACAGAAAUUCCAACAAUUUCUGCAUCUUCAUCAACUAAUUCUUCUACUCGACAUAAUCAAGUUGUGCCUUUAAAUGAUCAUCAGAUGAUCACAAACUCAACACCAACAACGUCUAGUCAACAGAACGACGAAAGGCAGGUAUUGCAUCCACCUGCAGCCCCAAUUUCAAUGCGCCGUAGGUUUGGUGUAAACGCACCUAGAGCUAAUGGUACUACAAAUGGUACAAUUUUAACACAAAAAUUGACUGACACACCGACAAAUUUCUUAGAAAUACGUGAUCAAAAUAUGACAAGUUUAUUUGAUCGUUUAAAUAGUAACGCAUUUUCGUCAGUUAUCAUGCCAAAUAUUUCAGAAAGUAAUAGUAUUAGACGUUAUAGACGCCGACGACGUCAUACGAUAUUACAUAAUCGACCAAAAUCUCCUACGUUAAGUCCAAUACACGAAAGUGGUUUGUCUAAUCCCACUUCACCAAUUCCAUGUAGACAUAAUUCUUUUAUGUCUAUAGCGGAUGCUGAUACAUUAACGUCUUCUUCUGUGUAUAGUAUUACUAAUAAAAAAUUAACUGAUAGUUCCGAUACUGCGGCAUGUUUUAGUACAAAUUCAACGACCAUGGAAUAUAAAAUUAAUUCGCAAACUUUAGAAUUAACCACUAAAGAAAAUCAUACAAUUGAAAUUGCAGGGGUUAGAUGGAUUGAGGAAAAGUAG